AUGCUGCCUGGAGGGGCUCUGGGCUGGGAGGACAUUAAGCGUCGGCGGUGGCGCUUCUCUGUGUCUGGGGACUCUAAGAGACAGCGGCUGCCAUCGAUUGGCGCCCCCUCACCUUCCCUUCCCCGUCCCCGUCCUCGUCCCGAGCCUGGUGCUGAGGCCCUCAGCCGGAACCGAACCUCGGAAAUGACGGCCCUCUGGGCGGGCGCUCUGCGAACACGUCAUUCCCUGCACUUACUGCAGCACUCUCAAAAUUCAAGAGGCUCAGAAACGCUACUGCAUCGUUACACGGUUCAGUUUCAUCAUUCAGCAAUUCCUCUCUCGUGCUCUUGUGAGCCGCCAAAGAAGUUCGCGAGUCAGACUCACGACACAGGGGUGGGGCAGAGGAGUGCCCGAGGACAAAGUCUGGAGUUCGAAUUCCGAAGUGGAAAUCUACUACUUCUUUGUUGUCAUUUAUUUUCCAACCGUGUAAAAAGUCGCACCUACCGAUCCAUAUCAAGAGACACUCGUACUGAAAUAAAGAGAGAAGCACAAGUGCAAAUGGCUUCCUCGGAUCUAGCCAACGCGCUCUAUCAAGGAGCCUCGCAGCUCUUCCGACUGGGGCGAGUGUUUGGCCUGGCGCCCGGCACCUUUUCGCCCGGCGAAGGCUUCCUCGUUCUCAAGCGCCACGUCACCUACACCGUCGGCGUUGUGUUCGCGCACGGCAUCUCCACAGCAAUCCGCUGCUCGGUGUUAACGAGAGCCCUUCACACUGUAGGCAACGUCAGCGCCUUGCUUCCCUUUCUCAUCCAAAUGGCGGUGCCUCCCUUUAAGACGGUCAUAUGCCUGGUGGCUAUUCUUACUCGACAGAAGGAACCAUUCCGCUAUAUCCUGCACGCUUUUGCUGCUGUGGACUCGCACCUCUUUGCAAACCCUAAAACAGAGUACAAUCGAAUGCGACUGGAAAUAAACAAAUUGCAAGUUAUGAAAUAUCUUUUAAAAGCGUCACAUUCUUGUGGAAACGAUAUGUUCGGGUUGCGAAACACAUUACCAGUAUGUGUCUUGGGUUGGCCGAAGACUCGACAGGUCUGGAAUGAAAAUGGUUGGGAAGUGCCAUCUGUAAAGAGUAUCCCGCAGAGCUGUGGAUCACUGUUUGAAUGGAUCCGAGCAGCGCUCCACAACUUUGGGAAUAGUGCCCAGAAUAUUUUUAUGAAACUAAAGGCGGCCUAUAUUCCACUGGCGUUUUUCGUGCAGAAGGUUCUCCCAAAGGGGUCCUUGGUUGAAGAAAUUGAAAUUCACGGCGGAGAAAACUGGAAUGACAAAAUCUUGAAAGCUGUUGAGUUAUGUCAAUUACGCAAACUUGACUUAUCGGGCAAUGAGGAGAGUAGGAGGAGAGUAGUAGGAGUAGUAGAGGAAGUAGUAGGAGGAGUAGUAGGAGGAGUAGUAGGAGGAGGAGUAGGAGGAGGAGUAGGAGGAGGAGUAGGAGUAGUAGUAGGAGGAGGAGUAGGAGUAGUAGUAGGAGGAGGAGGAGUAGGAGGAGUAGGAGGAGGAGGAGGAGUAGGAGGAGUAGUAGGAGUAGUAGUAGUAGUAGUAGGAGGAGGAGGAGGAGGAGGAGGAGGAGUGGGAGUAGGAGGAGGAGAAGUGGGAGUGACUGCGACGGAGGGAGAGCGCGGGCAGUGGGGCGGGUGGUGCGCCUAUCAGAAGAGCUUCGAAAUGCGCAAGGUGAAGUCGCUGUCGGAGGUGGCGCACCUGCCGUUCAAGACCGACGAUGCGCUGUUGCAGUACAUCUCAAACGGGCUGCGCCGCGGAAGCGCCCUCCAGAAGGAGGUCCUCCGCACAAUGCUCUCGCAAGGAUUCGAGCACUUGCUGAUGGAGUACGGCCCCAGCGGCGUCGGAGCAAAUGCUGCUGUCAUGGUCGACCCCGACUGCCCAACAUGUCCUUUAGAACUGUGGAACGUUGGCUAUGUUGAAGAUUCCAAAGCCUUGGAGUUGUAUUUCAAGCACGCCGUGCGCAUUUCCAUAGAGCUGGGCUCGGCGUAUAUGUCUCUGGCGACUACCUUUCUGGGAGGCCUUGACAGCGAGUCUCUGGCGGAGGCGGUUCGGGUGCGAGGGGGCGAGCGCUGGGAAGACCCGGUCGUCUUUGCGCACGAUCUCCCGAGCCUGCGCUCCCUCGACAUCUCUGGCAACGGAAUCACUUCUCUGGCAGAGGAAAAUUUUCUCCGUGUGCCUAAUCUACACCAUAUUGACCUUUCAUACAAUCAGCUCCAUACGACUCCAAGGGGACUAGGUUUAUUACAACAGCUGAGAACCCUGAAUCUUUCGUAUAAUCCUAUUGUACAGAUUGGACACGAAUUCGCCAUUCUACUACCAUCAUUCCCAUUACUGAAAGAGCUGAAGAUUUCUGGUAUACGUCUUGAAAAACUUGAUUAUUUGUUGCCGGACCAAGAAACUGAAGAUAAUAUUACUGCAAAUUUUCGAGCUUUUAAAACUCAUUGGUAUUCGCGCCUGAAGGUGCUGGACGCGAGCGGCUGCAACCUGACCUCCGUGGAGAGCCGCCUGUGGGCGCGGGCGAGCAACCUGCCCACACCUGCGCCUGGCGCCAAACCCCGUAGCCUUCCGUUCGCCGCCCUGGCUGCGCAGGCGCUGCCGGCGUGCCAAGGCAGCUGGACCUGUACGGGCUGCCUGCUAUGGCCGCGGCCGCCCGCGCUGCGCCUGGCGCUCCGCCCAGCGCCUGCGCCGUUUGCUGCUGGCGCGCAAACCUUGCUGGCGACGCCGCGGGCGCGCUGGCGGCCAGGCGCGGGCCGGGGGCGGUGCGGCGUUCCUGGACCUGAGCGCAACCCGCUCCGGGAGUGGGGUGCGGGGGCGUUCGCGCCGCUGGGCGCGCGCGCAGCCGUCAACCUGUCGCGCGCGCACCUCACCGCCCUCUCGCCCCAGAUGCUGCGCGCCUUGGAGCCGCUCGCGCAGGUCGACCUGGGCGGCAACCCCUUCGACUGCAGCAGCUGCGCUAUUCUACCCCUGCAGGAGUGGCUCAGGAACGGAUCAACGCCGGAUGUGCUGACGCUGGGGCAGCGGGUGCAGCUGCCGUGCGAGAUGCCUCCCGAUGAUCGCGGGCGGCCGGUGCGCGACGCGGGCGGCCCUUUGCCGGCCGACUGCGCCGCCGUCCGCGGGUGGAGAUUCGAGCUGAUAGCCGUGGCCACCGCCCUGGUGCUUCUGGUCGCCUCGGCCGUGGCGCUGCUGGUCUUCCGCUUUCGCCUGCACAUCACCUACGUGCUGCACGUGCUACGCGCCAACCGCCAUCUCAAGGAAAGGGCGGAGCAGCGAGGAUUGAAGUAUGAAUUCGACGCUUUCGUCUGCUACAGCAAGCACGACCGCAUGUGGGUCUUGGAAAAACUGCUGCCGCAGCUGGAGGGCGGCCACCCGCCCUACCGCCUCUGCCUGCACGAGCGGGACUUCCCGCUGGGGUCGCUCGUCGUGCAGAACAUCGUUGAGUGCAUGGAGCGCAGCCGGCGCACGCUCAUGGUGCUCACGCCCUCCUUCGUCGACAGCCAGUGGUGCCAGUGGGAGCUGGAGAUGGCGACGCACCGCCUGCUGGAGGGCGCCGGGCGGGACUUCCUGGUGCUGGUGGAGCUGCAGCGGCUGGAGGCGCGCGCCCUGCCUCGCCUGCUGCGGCUGCUGGUGGAGACGCGCACCUUCCUGCAGUGGCCGGCCGCUGGGGGCCGCGGGUGCUGCUCGGGGGGCGCGGAGGAGGGGGUGUGGCGGCGGCUGCGCGCGGCGCUGGGGCCUCCGCUCUCGUGAAUGGAGCAAAUUCUCAUUUUGCCCCGGUUGUCGCAAUUGAUUCUCAAAUGGGGCAGGGAUAUAAUUAUCUUCGCAUUGCUCGUAAUUUUAGUAGAGCCUGGUCGUGUUACAGGGAAGAAAAAAGUAAUGAUCGAUAAAAUUAUUUGUUGAGAUAGUUUGAGAAUCCCCUUUUUAAUGUUUACUUAUCGAUAUCCAGAAUCGAUAUUUGUUUCCUUGAGACAGAUAAAUCGAUUGACAUCAAAUGGGGUCAACGUUGGGGCUUAACCAGCCGAUUUUCUCCAAAUCAGAUUUGAACGUACAC